AUGUCUCCCCCAGGCGUCCUCCUCGUUACCAUGACCCUCAAACCCGGUCUUUCAUCCAGCCAAUUCCACGAAUGGUACAAUAAUGAACACGGCCCAACACGACUACGCCUUCCUCAGAUAUUCCCCAAUGGCUUCCGUUAUAAGGCUACCUCUGAUGACCAACCGUCUUUCAUGGCAGUCUACGACGUCACGGACAUGAAGCACCUUGAAACAGAAACCUACACUACCCUCCGAGCAAAUCGCUCUAGCCGCGAAGCCAACACCAUCAGCCAAGUCGAUGUGAAGCGCUACUUCUACGACUUACUCUACAGCAAAGAGUCACCUCUUUUCACACCAGUUGAGAAUCUCACGGAUGAAGAAGCAAACGGUAUAGUUACCGUUGCUGUGGAUAUUACCGUCACUGAGGCUCAAGGAGCGGGCGAUCAGUAUCAAAAGUGGUUUGUGGAGGAGCAUGCAGAGAUGAUUGCCAAAGUACCAGGCUGGCUACGGUCGCGGCUGUUCAAGACUUCCAGUUUAGAAGACUCCGAAAAGGUGGUCUAUUUCUGUCUGCACGACUAUAUCAAGCAGAAUGGUCUUGGGGGUCCGGAGCAUAAAGCGUCCAUGGAUACGAAGUGGCGUACAGAUGUGUUCGACAAGUAUGUUGCUUCAAAGGGACGACAAACAUGGUCUUUGUUUUAUGUAUUUGGGCCAGCACCAAGGGACCUUGCUUCGUUAUCGGAAUUACCUCCGUCUGCGGCCUUUACCUCUGCGGACAACAAGACGACUACAACACCUGGAUCCGGUGCCGUCAUUUCCUCAUAUAUCGCAACCAAAGACUCUCUCCACAUUCCGUACCGCCUCGAAGGAAACACUUCGCCGAAUGCUCCAACCGUCGCCUUCUCAAACUCUCUUCUCACAUCACUUCACAUGUGGGAUUCGUUCGUCGCCAUUCUAAAGAAGCACCGCCCGGAUCUCCGUAUUCUCCGUUACGACACCCGCGGAAGACACGCCAUUCCUCAACCACCGGUUGCUGCAACCCUUGAUACCGUCACCGACGACCUGAAGCUCAUCCUAGAUCAUUUGAGAAUACCAAAACUUCACGCCCUGAUCGGUGUGUCCAUGGGCGGCGCAACCACCCUCAACUUUGCCAUCAAAUACCCCUCCCGUCUUGCCAAAUUCAUCGCCUGCGACUUUAACGCCAUCUCCAGCCCAGCCAAUACACAGGCAUGGAAAGAUCGUAUUGCUGUCGCACGAGACGACGAGGGACGCGGUAUCAAGAAACUCGCUGUUCAGACCGUGGAGCGAUGGUUCCACCCUGCGACGAUGGAGAAGAACGCCGUCGCGCAGGAGAUGACGGAUAUGGUGGCGGACAAUAACGUCGAGGGCUUUGCGAAUAGUUGCACUGCGCUGUGGGACUACGACAUGAAGCCGGAUAUGAAGGGUUGUAAUGUGCCUGGGUUGUUUGUUGUGGGCGAGGGCGAUGCAAAGGGUGCGGUUGUUAAAGCUAUGGAUGGGUUUAAGGGGUUGUUGGGUGGUGGUAAUGCGGAGUUGAGGAUUGUGCCUUUGACGGGGCAUCUUCCUAUGUUUGAAGAUGCGGAUGCGUUUUGGGAUGUGGUGCGUGAUUACCUGUGA